CCCCUGCAGGACGAGGAGGCUCUCGAGGAGCUCCAGGAGGAGGAGGUCGAGGAUCCAGAGAGGACUUCGAUAAUCAGGACGGAGGUUUCAGAGGAGAUGACGACUUCAUGGGUGGGCGGAGUCGGGGUACCGGUCGCCCCGGUGACAGGAGGGGGGCCCCGGGGGGUCCUGGUGGUCCUGGGGGGCCAGCUCGCUUCAGAGAGGGAGCUCCCCCCCGCGGAGGAGGAGGAGGGCCGGACCCAGACUUCAGGGAACCGUCUGAAGAGGAGCGAGCACAGCGCCCUCGGCUGCAGCUGAAGCCUCGCACCGUCGGCGUGCCGCUGAACCAGGUCGCCAACCCCGAGUCGGCCAUCUUUGGAGGAGCGAAGCCGCGAGAGGAGGUGAUGCCCAAAGACAUCCAAUAAAAGAGACUGAGGGUUGGGGGAGACAGAGAACUUUAACACGGGGGAAAGAUAAACGCCGAGUUAGCAUUCCUUCCUCCUCUUCCUCCUCUUCUUCUUCUUCACUGAUGAAUUAUAAUAACCCUAAACACAGCAAGCAGCUCGUGAUGCAUGUCUGAACUUUGUGUUUUUCUGCCCCCUCGCCACCGCUUACUGUGAUGUCACGUCCUGUGGCCCCGCCCACUUUUUCUCCCCGAAGGCGUUUAAUCCGUAGUUAUUUCGCUCACCUUCUUCUGGACGCUUCCUUUUCGUCUUCCUGUCGUCACAGGCGGGCGGGGUUUAAUUGGCAUCGGGACAGAAUCCAUGAUUGAGUUUUCAGAAAAAGACAAUUAAUAUUAUUAGUAUGAUACCGUUAGUGAUUAAGAAACGUUUUUAGUUUUUACACCAAGGCCUGUUCCUGUUUUAACUUAACAACACCAUGAAGUACACUUAUAGGGUCAACAUACGGUUAAAUCAGUUGCAUUUAUUUGUUUGUUUAAGUAGGAUGGUUCACAUCUUUCUGGAGAACAACAUGUAGUUUAGAUCGAUGAUGUGCUGAAAUGUAACGCCAGAUAUUCGGACACCUCAACUAAAGCUUUUGAAUGUAAGAGAAAUGUAAAAUAUUUCGUCUGUCAGGGAAUGUUUUAUUAUGUCCCACACACCCUGAAGGCAGCGCAGGUUAAAGGUAGCAGCGAGGGGGCGUGGCCUGCAGUUACGACUCCUCUGAUCAGUCAACACUAAAAUGGAUGAAUGCUUCUUUCUUUGCUUUUUCUAAUCAACCCCCGAUUUGUAUUUCUUCCCCCUUUAAACAUGUUUUGCUUUUUUACUCAGACAAAACUUAGCGACUUUAAAGCAAAACAAAUGUUUCUUUAAUCAUUAAUUUAUGUGUUUAUCUAUCUUAAUGUGCACCUUUUUAAUUAACCUGGUUCACUGCUAACAAAAUAAACGUUUUAGCUGUGAUUUAAUUGCGA